GUUAAUUUUGUCAUUUCAUCCCAUAAGUAAAAUGUUGAGUCUUCAGACCACAGGCCAUAAAUAUCUCACAGUUUGACUGAAAAGUCCUCACAAACUCCAAAAAAAAAGAAAAAAUGGGCAACUGUAACAGCUUAUCUUCCGACCAAGCCACCACCACUUCCGGCGGCGGCGGGGGCGGCGGCGCCACUUCAACGCCGUCGACCACGGGUAUCAGAAUCAUCCCUUCCUCACAACCACCACCUCCACGACCACUCUCCGGCAUCGGCCGUGUUCUCGGCCGGCCAAUGGAGGAUGUCCGGUCCAUCUACAUUUUCGGCGGCGAACUCGGCCGGGGUCAAUUCGGAGUCACCUACUUAGUUACUAACAAAAAAACGCGCCAGCAGUUCGCGUGCAAGUCAAUCGCUACACGAAAACUCAUCAACAAGGACGAUGUCGACGACGUCCGCCGUGAAGUUCAGAUCAUGCAUCACCUUACCGGUCACCGGAAUAUCGUUGAGCUUAAAGGAACUUUCGAGGAUAAACACCAUGUUCAUCUCGUCAUGGAACUUUGUGCCGGCGGCGAGCUUUUUGACCGGAUAAUUGCUAAAGGACACUAUUCCGAGCGAGCUGCUGCUGGAGUUUGCCGGCAGAUGGUAACUGUUGUUCACAAUUGUCAUUCUAUGGGAGUUAUGCAUAGGGAUUUAAAACCUGAAAAUUUCCUUUUUUUGAGCUCCGAUGAAAGUUCACCAUUAAAGGCUACUGAUUUUGGACUAUCAGUCUUUUUCAAACCAGGUGAUGUGUUCAAAGACCUGGUUGGUAGUGCAUAUUAUGUUGCUCCAGAAGUUUUGCGCCGAGAAUAUGGACCUGAAGCUGAUAUUUGGAGUGCUGGAGUUAUUCUGUACAUUCUACUCAGUGGUGUUCCACCAUUUUAUGGAGAGAAUGAUCAGAGUAUCUUUGAUGCCGUUCUUCGAGGUCAUCUUGAUUUUUCAUCUGAUCCUUGGCCUUCAGUAUCGAGUAGCGCUAAAGAUCUUGUUAAGAAGAUGCUGCGAUCUGAUCCUAGAGAGAGGAUUUCUGCAGCUGAAGUCCUAAAUCAUCCAUGGAUGAGAGAAGAUGGUGAUGCAUCUGACAAACCUCUUGACAUUGCUGUCUUAUCUAGAAUGAAACAAUUCCGUGCUAUGAACAAGCUGAAGAAAGUAGCACUGAAGGUAAUUGCUGAAAAUCUUUCUGAAGAAGAAAUCAUUGGCUUGAAGGAAAUGUUCAAAUCUAUAGACACAGAUGACAGUGGGACAAUUACAUUUGAAGAAUUGAAAGCUGGUCUUACAAAAAUGGGUACAAAGCUUUCAGAGUCAGAAGUCAGGCAGUUGAUGGAAGCGGCUGAUGUUGAUGGAAAUGGAACAAUUGAUUAUCUUGAGUUCAUAACAGCUACGAUGCACAUGAAUCGCAUGGAAAGAGAAGAUCACUUGUACAAAGCCUUUGAGUAUUUUGACAAGGAUAAGAGCGGGUAUAUUACGAUGGAAGAAUUGGAGCAUGCGCUGAAGGAAUACAACAUUACUGAUGACAAAACAAUAAAAGAGAUCAUUGCUGAAGUUGACACAGACAAUGAUGGAAGAAUCAAUUACGAUGAGUUCGCUGCCAUGAUGAGGAAAGGUAAUCCAGAUUUUGUCAACAAUAGGCGCCGCAGAUGAAACACACACGAAACUCAUAAAGCACACCAUUUGAUUAGCACUGCUGCUCCAGUGAGUUUUUUUUACCAUUGGAACCUCUAUAAAGAUCCAAUUGAUGUUCCCUGUUUUAGCUAUCUGGGAUUGUGAGAGUUUUGGCUCUUCAUUCAUAUCAAACAAAAGAAGUUUCGACUUUUUGGUUAAUUGGCGGUACGAGUUCCUUGUUUGGAUUGAGGUUCUGAUUUGGUGACUGGUUCAAAUCUGACAAAAGUAUUUAAUGUAUAGUAUACAAUUGAUAAUGCUGAUGGUAUUGCUACUUUGGUUCAUACUUCAGCCUCUUUGAAACAAAUGAAGAAAAGUCCAUUUCCCCUCAUGUCAUGUGUGCUUUUGAGCAUUGUGUUUUUGUUCUGGAAAAAGCAAUAAUUUUGUUAAGGAAUGUAUUUGUUGUCCCAUAUUUGGUAACAAUAGUUUAUCUCCAAUUAUGGGUA